AUGGGCAAGGUUUCUGUCUCACUGGCAGCAGAUCACACUCGCAGUGAUGCACGAAUUGACACGCUCAUUCUCGCCGCACAACGCCGAGCACCAGUAAUCCUUCUCGCCGGAGAAGGAUACGCUCUCCUCCCAUGGAAGCUGGGCUGCGCAUACGCUGUGUUAGGGUGGUAUUGGGUUUCGUGUACGUGGUACGAGGCAGAACCGUGUGCCGACGGUGUCGAGGCCCCGGAGGGCAGGUCGUGGUUCCAUCGUCUUAAGAUCCGCUUCGACUGGAUCAACACGCAAGGCACACCAUGGUGGUUUACCAAAGGGGCGCCUUUGCCUGUCAAGAUUCCAAUAUCUCAGCUUAUACUUCCAUUGACGCCUCCUCCAGACUCACCGACCCCUUCAGUCGAAACGAACCACGACGGUGAGGCUGUACGCAAUGCCGUUUGGAGACGAGCACCAGCCCGUAACAUUGGUCCAUCGCCCUUCGACGACCUCUACUUCUCCCCGCUGGAGAUUCAUCGGGGUAAACGAUACCCCGGUGACCAUCUCCUUGCAAACUUCCACCCUGAUCCUCCGCCUGCACGCCCAUGGCUUCAUGCUGGACAGCGCUGUCCCUCCUGUUUAAACUACAGCCCACGGUUGUACAGAGAGGGGUGGAUAUGCCUAGUCGCAGAGUGCAUUCAAUUUUGGUUGCUGAGCACAACGGUUGGCCUUAUCCCCAUCUCACCCAGCAUGAAGCUCAGAUACGACGAGACUUUCCUCCGCGUGAUUCCGACACCCUACGACGCGGCUAGCCUCCCGUACAAUAUCGUCCCCCCUCCGCCCUCCUCGUCGCCGCAGGCCGAAGGAACAGGAGAGGCUGGGUCAAGGUCUCUUUGGCGUGGGUUUGUGUGCUCCUGUGGACGCAGCAACUGCCGUUACCGUUGGGAGCGCCUCAGCUGCCGAGCGUGUGGCCAACACAGUGCAGCUCAGACCGACUCAGAUGUGGUUCGUGCCUCUGCCAUUCAAUCCGACAAGGCCGAUCCACUUGGUGAAGCGGAUGAAGGAUCGCCAGACAUUCCCAUGUCGGUCCGCCGAAUGUUGAACCCGUGUGCGACCGUUAUUGCCUAUGAGCUUCCUCAAGCUGGCACCGUUUACCACGUCAUGCACGACCAUGUGGAGUUUGCAGACGCGAUCUGGGAGGCAUACCAGCGAGCCGCCAUCCACACGUCAGCGUCCACCCCACUUUUUCAGCGCCGGGCCCUCAAGUCCAACACCAUCAAAGGUCAGUUGCUCUCUCAGCAGUUUGCAAUCAACUCGGGUGCCUCGUACAAAUACAUUGUCGAGACAUUGAGCUACCCCUUCGCGGACUCGCCUGACUGUGUGAUGGACGCGCUGAUGGUUAUUCGCAAGCGCGUGGCUGCAGUUCUUGGAGAAGCGGUUGAUUUCAAUGAGAUCCUAAGCGUCAUGUACCGCGAGGGGCAGAAGAUGAGUUGGCACGAUGACGGCGAACAUGGCCUUGGACCAGUCGUUGCGGCACUCUCGCUGGGCUCGCCUGCAACAAUGUCAUUUCGACCCAAGGCUAGCAUCAAAGUGCAUCGUGGUGGUGGCCUGGCACUCUCUGGUGGUGUUAAUCCAUCACAACCGGCAUCCGUGCUCAAUUUGACGUUGUCGCACGGGGAUGUGGUCAUCAUGUCGGGCCGUGCCAUCCAGUAUGGGUAUGACCACCGCGUCAUUCCGUCAGGACUUCGCGUCGCGGCGACAGCACGCGUCAUCCGUGCGUCUCCCGAGUGA